GAACUCCUGGAGCCACCGAGCCAGGACGCGCUCCCGGUACGUGUGUGUGAACCGCUCGCAGGAGAGGUGGUUGUUCGUCGCAUCAUAGUGUGCCGCCGGUGCCGGUGUGCCCCCUCCCGCACUUGCGAUUACUGCAGCCUGCAACCGCCUUCCCUGUCCAAACGCGUUCCGUGCUUGCUCAGGAACGGCCACCCUCUGCGGCUCUGCCUGCUUGCUCCUCCUGCCUCCUUUGCAGUCCAGCGUACUCUCUCUCUCUCUCUCUCUCUCUCUCUCUCUCUCUCUCUCUCUCGUCCGCCAUGGAUGCCGCUACGGAUUAGCGUGCCACCCUCUCAAGCCGAGCCCCCAGGAGCUUCGUCCUCGAGCACCAAGUUACUCCGGGACAAAAUGAGGCUGGUUUUCUGGCCUUGGAUUUCGCUAUUCUUCACUUUUGUUGCAUCAACUUGGAGUUUGAGUUCAGAUGGCCAAGCUCUUCUUGCUCUGUCGAAAAAUCUCAUACUACCAAGUUCCGUAAGUUCUAGCUGGAGUGCUUCUGAUGCAACUCCAUGUACAUGGAAUGGAGUUAGUUGCAAUAAAAGGAACAGAGUGGUUUCCCUUGACCUGUCAUCAUCAGGAGUUUCAGGUUCACUAGGACCUGAAAUAUGUCGUCUGAAAUACCUGCAAAUUCUCAGUUUAUCUGGUAACAACAUAUCUGGUUCAAUCCCUCCGGAAUUGGGGAACUGCAGUAUGCUUGAACAAUUGGAUCUGUCCCAAAAUUUCUUUUCUGGCAAUAUACCAGCUUCAAUGGGAAACCUCAAGAGGGUGUCAUUUCUGUCACUGUACAGCAACUCGCUGAGUGGAACUAUACCAGAGGAGUUGUUCAAGAACCAGUUUCUGGAGCAAGUGUACCUCCAUUCCAAUCAGCUCAGUGGUUCGAUCCCCUUCUCGGUUGGUGAAAUGACAAGCCUUACGGACUUGUGGUUGCAUGAGAAUAUGUUGUCUGGAGUUUUGCCCGCUUCGAUUGGCAACUGCACCAAGUUGGAGGUCCUCUAUCUAUUUGAUAAUCGACUGAGUGGCGGUCUUCCAGAAACCUUGAGCAAGAUCAAAGGCCUCAGGAUAUUUGAUGCCACAACCAAUAGCUUCACAGGAGAGAUCACUUUCAGUUUCGAGAACUGCAAGUUGGAAAUAUUCACCUUGUCAUUCAAUAAUAUAAAGGGUGAAAUUCCAUCAUGGCUGGGGAGUUGCACGAGCUUGACACAACUUGGAUUUGUCAAUAAUAGCCUGUCUGGCAAAAUUCAAGCUUCUCUCGGCUUAUUGAGCAACCUCACGUAUCUUUUACUUUCUCAGAACUCCCUGUAUGGACCAAUCCCUCCUGAGAUCGGUAACUGUCAUUUGCUGGAGUGGCUAGAGUUGGAUGCAAACCAGCUGGAGGGCACUGUUCCUAAAGAAUUGGCACAUUUACGGAAAUUGUCAAAGCUCUUUUUGUACGAGAAUCGUCUCAUAGGAGACUUCCCUGAGAAUAUUUGGAGUAUCCCAACCCUUGAGAGCGUCCUUAUUGACAGUAACAGUUUCACGGGUAAGCUACCUUCAAUGGUAGCUGAGCUAAAGUUCCUCCGGAAUAUUACACUAUCUGAUAAUUUCUUCUCUGGGAUUGUACCACCGAAGCUGGGUGUUAAUAGUCGUUUGCUCCGGAUAAAUUUCAGAAAUAACAGUUUUGUCGGUGGAAUACCACCAAAUAUUUGUUCAGGAAAAGGAUUAAGAGUUUUAGACUUGGGGUUGAAUCAUCUCAAUGGUAGCAUCCCACGUGGUAUCAUUACAGAUUGUCCAAGACUGCAAAAGUUGGUUCUUAGAGAUAACAAUCUCAGCGGCUCAAUUAUGUAGUUAGGACGGAUUGGAAAUUCAUAUAUAUAUAAACGAUUUGCAAUCUUACUAUUACUAAUUAGAGGCUUCUUCUGAAGUCUCCUGGUUAAGCGACUUAGGAUAGGAAGUAAGCCUAGCUCAACUAGUUAGAAUGGGAGGUGUGGUCGUGCAUUGUAACUACCCAGAUUCGAGUCCUCUCUAGCAUGAAUUUGGGUGCCUAUUUCUUCUUCUUAAUGAAAAAUCAUCUAUCUCCUCCUAGGUU